AUGGACCGAGACGUGUUUCCCCGCCCCCCGCCUAACCCCUCAGCUUCUGGGUGAACCAACGCAAGGCUCAACGCGUGAACGAGUGACCAUGGCGCACAGCGACCUAAAAUAAAUUAUUAAAAAAAGAGUAAUAUUUUCACACGAAGACUGGGAGGAAGAUGUUUACUUUGUAGAUACCUGCGCGUCUCUGCUCUGGGCUGCAGGUGCGCUUCAUCCUCUCUAAAGACAGUUGCUUUGGCUGGGAAGGAAGUGAACGGAAGAAAACAUCCUCUUGGGAUUAAAUGCCAACCUUCCAGACUACAACAGACUUUUUUUUAGUUCUUCUUCAACAGUAACAUUUGACUCAAGCUUUGUACAUUCGCGAACUGCUCCAGCAGACUGUUUUCAGAGCGCGGAUUACACAGGACGGUAUUGCUGCUCUCCCAACUUCAACCGCCUUCUCUACACUCACUUCAGAUUUUAUUUUUAUUAUUAUUUUCAACACGCCGAAGAUGGGGACAAUGCCCGGAUUAACGCGGCUGUUGUUCACCCUACCCCGGGUUAGCGGGGAAGAGUGAGGAGAACGGAAAGAGUGUGGAAGUAGGAGAGGAGAGGAGUCGGCAGCGUUUGGCUGCCGUCCACUUGUUCGUUGGUGCAUUUGCUGCUCGUGCUCUCAGACCUCCUUUUUUUUCUUUCUUUUUUACUGGAUUCACGGACAAACAAGCAAGGAACGCACAGGGAGGACAGCGUUCACACCCUGGGUCUGCAAGAGGUGACUGUUAGAAGAAAUGCCGGUCCCAGCUGCCCUAGUACAUCAUCACCGGGACCAUGGCAACUCCUUUGCCAAUGACAAAAAAGAGGUACUUCCAUGGCUUCGCCAGCCUUGCUAGAUGGUCGGCAUCCUCCUUGAUGCUCCUAUGGUUGCCUUUGGUGUUGCUAUGGCUGCCGUGGCCUGCCCAAGCUGAACAACUGGCCAGCGGGGGACCGAGUGGAAAGGCGCUUCAUGGUUCCCUGUCGUCCCCAGCAUCGUCGUCGUCGUCAUCCUCCUCCACCUCCUCGUCCCCGUCCAGCUCCUCAGCAUGGGGCUUCAACACACGGCAGAGUGGGGGGCAGCUGGACUGGCUGCUGUCAGAGAAAGGACCUUUUCACAAAUGCCCGGAGUACACGGAGUUCAGAGAGAGGUUCCAGCAAGGGUUUUCUACAAGAUACAAGAUUUACAGGGAGUUCAGCCACUGGAAGGUGAACAGCUUGGCAACAGAGAAGAGAGAUUUCCUCAAAGCUCCGUUGCCCUUAGCACCAGAGUUCCUACGCAACCUGCGGUUACUGGGGCGGCGGCCAACCCUGCAGCAAAUCAACGAAAACCUCAUCAAGAAGUACGGCACCCACUUCCUGGUUUCUGCUACUCUGGGAGGAGAAGAGUCUUUAACUAUUUUCCUGGACAAGCAGAAGCUAAAUAAGAAGUCGGAGGGCAACAGCAACAGCUCUGUGGUGUCCCUGGAGCUGCUCCAUCAGUUGGCGGCAUCUUAUUUCACCGAUCGGGAGAGCACCCUGAGGCGACUCCACCACCUCCAGAUUGCCACCUCUGCCAUUAAGGUAACGGAAACAAGAACAGGUCCUCUCGGCUGCAGUAACUACGACAGCUUGGACUCCGUUAGCUCGGUGUUGGUGCAUAGCCCAGAAAAUAAGAUCCACUUAAAGGGCUUGCAGGAUGUCCUGCCAGAGUUCCUCCGUGGGCGUUUUGUGGAGGCGGCCCUCAGCUACGUGGCCUGUAACUCGGAGGGUGAGCUGCUCUGCCGCAAUAACGACUGCUGGUGCCGGUGCUCUCCCAGAUUCCCAGAAUGCAACUGUCCCUUUGCUGACAUCAAAGUAAUGGAGGAGAACCUGGAGAAGAACAAAGCAUCCUGGAACAACUUCAAUCAGGAGUUCAUGGAAUCAGAUGAAUUCAAAGCCUUCCUGAAGCAGCUCCCCACUGACCAAUUUUUAAAUGUGUCCACGGUUGCCAAGUUCUGGUCAGGUGACCUGCCCCUCCAGAAGCGUUAUGCUCAGCUGGAGGCCAGCACAGUGCUGGCCUCGGGAAAAGCCCAAAAGAUAGUGAGGAAGCUCUUCACCCUGAGCAAACGCUGCCCCAAGCAAGCCCGCAUAAGUCUGCCUCGAGAAAGGCCUGUUGGCUUUUGGCUGGGUACAGUUCAGUCUCUGCUCUACUGCAAUGAGCACGGAGUCCUGGGAACGUUUUCCGAGGCGGCUAAGAGCUGCACAUGUCCUGUGGACCAGCCCACCUGCCAAGGAGCAAUCCCAUGUGUUGUGGGCACCUCUCCUAAUUCCUGCUCCCAGUGUGCCACCGAUAAUGCCACCCGAUGCGGAGCCUGUCACCACGGCAACUUCCUCCAUCUCGGUUCCUGCCGUCCGAGCGUUGGAGCCUCGCUAGAUCAUUAUCUGAAUUUUGACCUGGACAUGCCAGAUGCUGAGGUGAAGUACUUGCUUCAGCGACUCGACAGCAGAAUUGAGGUCCAUGCCAUCUACAUCAGCAAUGACGUCCGCUUGGGAAGCUGGUUCAAUCCUGCCUGGAGAAAAAGGAUGUUACUUACACUCAAGAGCAACAAAAACAAAUCCAACCUUAUCCACAUGCUAAUGGGUAUUUCUUUUCAAAUAUGCUCAACUAAAAAUUCGACACUGGAACCUGUGCCUGUCAUUUAUGUAAAUCCUUUUGGGGGCAGCCACUCGGAGAGCUGGUUCAUGCCCGUGAAUCAGCCCGAAUUCCCUGACUGGGAGAGAACUAGACUGGACAGCACUCCCAAUGCACAGUGUUACAACUGGACACUGUCACUGGGAAACAAGUGGAAGUCCUUUUUUGAAACAGUCCACAUCUACCUACGGAGCCGCAUUGUCACGGACGAUCCAACGGUGAACGAAACUCUCUUUUAUGAACCUUUGGAUUUGGAUGAUCAGACGUCAAACUUGGGCUACAUGAAGAUCAACACUCUGAAAGUCUUUGGAUAUAGCAUGCACUUUGAUCCUGAAGGCAUCAAGGACCUGAUUCUCCAACUCGACUACCCCUACACGCAGGGCACACAGGACGCUGCCUUUCUGAUGUUGCUGGAGAUGAGAGAUCGGAUUAACCGUCUGUCUCCACCAGCUCCGCAGCCACUUGACCUGUUUUCUUGUCUGCUGCGCCACCGCCUCAAGCUGUCUGCAGGAGAGGCGGCACGAAUCAAGGAUUCUCUGCAGAUCUUCAACUCCAAACUCCCUAAUGCUUUUCCGGAACCUGACCUGGCCCAGCUUUGCAGCUAGCUAGAUUAGCACUCUUGGUUCAGGACUUUUACUGCACCCAGAGUGGAGUUGCUGCUUCAUGGACAAUCCUAUUUCGGGUACACAGAAGAUUAACCUACUCUGAAGUCUUAUGCUGGGCCUUUCUUUUCUUUCACUUUUUUCAUUGGUUGGUUGGUGCAACUUGUUUCUUCUGUAGACUCUGCUUUACCAACCGGAUGUAGUACUUUUGCUAUUACUGCCGUGCUUUUGGUGAACUCUCUGACUGGACCAGGUCAAGCAUCUUAUCUAUUCUCAAAGGUCUGUUUUUUGUUGUUUUUUGUUGUUUUGAACUGCAGAGAUAGUGUAAUCUCUGCCAAGAUUUGAUGUUGGGAAGAAGAACUUUAGAGUGGAGUUGGAAAAAUGUGUCAGAAGAAGAGGAUUUUCCUUUUAUAACUCUAUUUUCUUUGGAAAAAGAACAAUCGGGUUGGGGAUGGAGGGUGGUUAUAUUAUCCAUGUGGUGAAUAAGUUAUGUUAUGCUUAACAGUUUGAAAUUUGAUAAUCCUGACCCCUGCUAAUGUCUUUGAGUAUUUCUUUUUAAUCCACAUCUUCCAUUUUACCUGGCAUUUUAAAACGUAUAUCUAUUAUCAUCCAAAUGAGAAGCCUGUUAGUGAUGUUCUGUUCAUGGUGGUGUGUCUGUGCCAAAAGCAGAUAAACACAUUGGCAAUCUGAGUGGAAAAAACAUUGGCAUAUGCUGUCUUUUCUUACUCUUUUAACCCGAAAGUGACAGAAAGAAAUCACAUGACGUGAUAACAAGGGGAUCUGUGGAUGUAGUGCUGUAAAUAAUGCUCCAUUUAAUUCAAGAUUGUGGACAAGUGCACAUUGCUUUCUAGAUAACCGAGUAAAAGACCAAAAAAAUGUUUAUAACAAAACAGACUCAUGCCUUAUAUGGAAAGUUAAUGUUAAAACAAGAAGCACAUUUAAUUUCUGUGUUUGGUUUUGAAGCAAAAGGUUGUUUCGCUUUUUGUAUUUCUACCAGGACAGAACAACAGACAGAUUCUCCAGAGUAUGUGAUAAUGUAGCUUUUCUAUGUACAGCAAAUGCCAGUCACAUUUUCUGCUCUUGUUUCAAUUCAGUGUUGUAGAAGAUUUUGAAUCACUUUUCACAGUGCCCACCAGUACUUGCACUAUGUAACUGUUCUGCAAAAUCUCCAGUUAUACAAAAUCUCUGUAACUGAUGGACCUUUUUUUUUUUUUUUUUGCUUUGAAUAUGGUUUUAAAAGUUUUAAACAGUUUGGUUUAGUCUCAUGUUUUUAAGUCGGUAUUUGCUUUUUGUCAAUCUAGCUUUCUUUUUCUUCUCUCUUUAUGUGGGUCACAAUUCUGCAGCAGUUAUCACAGCAAAUGCACGGUCAGAAAGUUUAUCUCGGUCAGUGAGGGUCCCCGCCAGAGUCGCAGACUUACGAGUAAGACACUUGAUAUGAUAAUACAUUUACUUUGCCAAUUUCUCACAGUAAACCAUGUAUGUCAUUUUCAGCUGUUCUGUGCUCAGCUUGCUAAAGUAAAAGCAAAGUGUUUUAUCUA